AUGUAAAAAGUCUUUUUCUGGUACUUAAACAAAAAACAUCAAACAGCUGUAAGUCUUGUACUUAAACCUUGUAAGUCUUUCUCAAACAGCUGAAAUUUGUUGGAACCCAAAAUGGAAUCUGAAGCUCAAGUUUCUUCCAUUUCAAUGGAAGAAUCGAGCUUUGAAAUCCCUAUCGAACUCAUUACUGAAAUACUCUCAAGGCUACCAGUGAAAUCUCUCCUACGAUUCAGGUGUGUAUCAAAAUCUUGGCUUUGUUUAAUCUCUAGCCCUGAAUUUGCUUACACCCAUCUCAAUAUAGCUGCUAAUAGUAAGGAAUAUACUCAACAUAGUGUUAUCUUGAAAUCAUGUCCACCUGAUUUCAAGCUUAAGAAUUGUUCCCUUAGUUCUUUACUUUAUGAUUCUGUUACUGAGGCAUUUGACUUAGGUUAUCCUAUGAAAAAACCCUGGGGAUAUGUUCGUAUUGUGGGUUCUGUUAAUGGGUUAGUUUGUCUUGUUAUUGAGCGAAAGUAUUUCCUUCUCUGGAAUCCAUCAAUUAGGAAGUUCAAGAAAUUGCCUGAUCCUAGAGGUGGUUAUUAUAUUAUGUAUGGUUUUGGAUAUGAUGAGCUUCAUGAUGAUUAUAAGGUAGUUGUUAUUUCCGAUCGUUUGAGUUAUAACGGUUUGGAUCACGUUGGGGUCAGAAUAUAUAGCCUAAAAAGUAAUUCUUGGAGAAAUAUUCGUGAACGUUGGAGUGGGAAGCUACCCAGUAUGUGGGGUGCUUUUUUGAAUGGAAAGCUUCAUUGGACUGCUCUUACUCGUUCCGGCAUCUUUUAUAUUGAUUUGGCUGAUGAGAAAUGGGGGAAAAUGAAGCAACCCUGCUUUGGAAAAGGAGAUUUUGAUAUUUGGUUAUGUAUGGGAGUGUUGGGAAGUGAUCUUUCUUUGUUUUGUAAUAUUCCAAAAACUCGUGCCGAAAUGUGGGUUAUGAAGGAAUACGGGGUUGAAGAAUCUUGGACAAAGAUGUUUACCGUCAAUUGGCCUGAUGAUCCAGUGGAGUAUGCAUUUUGUCCUCCCUUUUGUAUGUCAAAUAAAGGUGAAAUUUCGUUUUGGUUUGGAUCAACUUUCAUGAUAUACAAUCCAAAGGAUAGCUCAAUCAGAUAUCGAGAGGUUACCAAUCGUGGUGUCAUUUAUGAGGCAGAUAUCUACAUAGAAAGCCUAGUUUGGCCCGUUUUUACAAAACAAACAAGGAUGCAACAACAACGAAGGUUGAAAAAGCUCAGAUGAAGACAAUCGUGUAAUUGAUAACUAAAUGGGAGCAACUUUUGACAUGUCUUGAAUAUAGUCGGUAGCAAAAUGGAGCAGUUUUUUAGCUUUAACAAGGCCUGCUGUUUCUAAUGAAAAUGAUGUUAAUGGAGACCAUGUGUGGAUAGUCCUGCAUGAGGUGCAAUUUGCUGUUAAAUCUACACUGCUUUUUAUUUGUGAGGUGCUUUGUUAAUUGUUAUGUACUAUUGAGCUUUCAGGAGGUAAUGCAGAUGUUCAGAACGACUAAUCUACCCCUUGUUGACAGUGCGGAUCCAAAUGAUGAAGCAUGGAUUUUCCCUGUUUAUCAAUGUUCAUUAUGAUGUAUGAAUGUUAUUUCCAUGUGCAUUGAGCAAGAGUUACCUAAGUUAGCUAAUUGCAUAACACAUUUUGUUGGUAGCUUGAAGUUAAGUUUGUCGUGACAAAGGUUGAACAAGCUUCUUCUUCACUUGAAUAUAUAUUAUAUGUAGUAUCAGAUUGUUCAUCAAUGUUCACUAUGAUGUAUGAAUGUUAUUUCCAUGUGCAUCGAGCAAGAUUUAUCUACACUAGCUUAUCACAUUUCAUAUUUUGUUGGUAGCAGAGGAAAUAGAGGGGUGCAUAUUAGAAGGGACACGACCCACUCAGAGUAGCUCUUUCAACAAAUCCAUACUUUUUCUUUCCUUCUCCUCGCUACAGUGACAUUUGCUUGCUUUAAGUGCAAAGAUACUGUUUAUAUCUGUAUGCUUCUUGUGUUAUAAUUGUAUAUAAUACUAGACAUUUACACAUGUUUAUUUUGGUCCCUACUAUAUACCUAUGUUGCUCGGACUCUCCAAAAGUGCUGCCGCACCCGUGUCGGAUCCUUCAAAAAUGCACUAAAUUUGGAGGAUCCGACACGCACUCAACAACAUUUUUGAAGACUCCGAGUAACAUAG